AUGAAUAUAAGCGAAACUCGGAAGUUUGUUGAAAACAUUUCUAACGAUUUAAGAACGCUAUCAAGUGAAGCAAAGAAGAAACAUGUACAAAUAAAGGAGGCUGCCGAGUCUGGUUUGGUGAAAGUUCGAAAUAUAAGCUCUAUCUCAAAUGAGCAUAAUUUGUCAUCGAAUCUGCGUUCAGCAAGCUCAGAGCUAUUGCAUCCUUUAUUAAUUGGGUGCUCUAGUAAAAAUGCUCGUUUAGUACAAAUUUCGCUGCAGGCUAUUCAAAGAAUGAUCCAGCAAAAAGUUAUAGAUAAGACAUCCGCUACCGCAGUUGUUAAUGAACUGUGGAAUCUCAUGGAAGCAGAAUGCGAAGAAUUGCGUAUUUUACAAACACUUACUCCUCUGGUUAGCACAGAAUUACUUAUUACCGGACAAUGGCUGGCUAAAUGCCUUGUUAUAUGUUUUCGGCUAAAAUUUGCUAAAGAUCAUAUUGUCAUAAACACGGCGAUGGCAACAGUGAGGCACUUGGUUAUGAGUGUUUUUGAACGUGUCAUACAGGUUUCCUUCGAUUUUCAUUUUCGAUUUUAG